AUGGCACGAACCAAGCAAACCGCACGUAAAUCCACUGGAGGAAAGGCUCCCCGUAAGCAACUUGCCACCAAGGCUGCUCGUAAGUCUGCCCCCGCCACCGGAGGAGUCAAGAAGCCCCACCGUUACCGCCCAGGUACCGUCGCUCUUCGUGAGAUCCGUCGUUACCAAAAGUCCACCGACUUGUUGAUCCGCAAGUUGCCCUUCCAACGUUUGGUCCGUGAGAUCGCCCAAGAUUUCAAGUCUGAUCUUCGCUUCCAAGGAUCUGCCGUUCUUGCCCUCCAAGAAGCCGCUGAGGCCUACCUUGUGGGUCUUUUCGAGGAUACCAACUUGUGUGCCAUCCACGCCAAGCGUGUGACUAUCAUGCCUAAGGAUAUCCAAUUGGCUCGCCGUAUCCGCGGAGAACGUUCUUAA